CUUUGGGAACUCCGUCUAUUAUGAAACGCACUGCACUUUGCUGUAUUUGCCUUCUGCCUUUGGCCGACAGUGAUGGAGAGCAAUCCAAAAAUUGUGGUUCUGGGCGCCGGCUUUGCUGGAAUAGGAGCAGCUACCAAACUCGUAAGCCUGGGGUUCAAAGAUGUAACAAUUCUUGAGGCUUCUGGAGAGGCUGGAGGCAGAGUAGCAAAUGUGUCUUUUGGCCAGGCAAAGGUCGACAUCGGAGCCCAGUUCAUCCAUGGGGCAUCCAAGGUCAACCCAGUGUACAACCUGAUGAAGCAGCACGGUUUGCUAACAGACCUAGUGAGCAAGAAGGGCAAUGACCUCAUCUUCCACAGCAAGGGGCACAAAGUCACAGGCCUCUUUGCUGGUCUUGUCUUCGUAGCAGGAGGGCGUAUCAUCGAGAAGAAACACAAGGGGAACCUCGGCAAGAACCUGGGGGACCACUUUGCCGAACGCUCGGAAGCCCUUGUCAACAAGUGGUGGCUUAGUGAUGAAGCAAAGAUGAACGCGCUGAAUACUCUAACUGUAGCCGGCAGAUUCGCAUUGACAGCUCUUGGUGCACCGGCACUCAACAGUGUGGCCCUGAAUUGUUAUGAGUACUUCAUUAACAUGGGAGAAGACCUGGACAUGGAGGGGAAUAUGUUUUCCUUGAUAACGAAACUGCUUGAAGACUUCCCCAAAGACCGCCUGCUGCUGGACAGACCUGUGACACAAAUCAGCUGGGAUGGUGGUUUUUGUGAUGAUGAAAAACGUCUCUACCCUGUCAAUAUAGAAUGCGAAAAUGGGGAGAAGAUUCUUUGUGACCAUGUGGUUGUUACUUUUUCUCUGGGCUGUCUGAAAGCUGCACCAGCCACCAUGUUUGACCCACAGCUCCCAGACGACAAGAGGGAAGCCAUAGAGAAGCUGGGCUUUGGCUGCGUCGCCAAGAUCUUCCUGCUGUAUGAGGAGGCCUUCUGGGAGAGGGAUGCACAGAGCAUCAUCCUAAUGUGGGACGAUGAAACGCCAGCUUCCUUGUCUGAUGCUUCACCCCAGUGGCAGAAAAAUAUACAACUCUUUACUGUCAUGAGGCCGAGAGAAAAGUUUGGUGACGUCUUGAUCGGCUGGUGUUGUAAUAGGGUGGCACAGCAAAUUCAAAACUUGACAGAAGCUGAACUCUCGGAUGCUCUCACCUCUAACUUCAGGAGGUUUAUGGGUGUCCCAAGCAUUCCCUGCCCAAAGACGAUUAUGCGCACUCAGUGGCAAAGUAAACCGUUUGUGAGAGGAGGAUAUUCCUACGUACCACCAGGUGUGGAUGCUGCCAUCAUGGACCAGUUGGCUGCUCCGUUGUCAAGCAGGAAACGCCCCACUGAGGAUCUUCAAGUGCUGUUUGCUGGGGAGGCCACAAUCAAGACUCAGUAUUCGACAGUCCAGGGAGCGCUGAUGUCUGGCCACAGAGAGGCUGAACGGCUGGCACGGCAUUAUGGGAAACCAGUACCAGACGACGAGUCAUCAACUUCAUGUUCUCUUCAGUAACAACAUAAAAACUGUCAAUAUUUUUUAAUAUAUUGCUAUAUGUAUUAAGGGCUGAUAGUGAUGAGGAAAAGCUAACGGUCAGUUCAGAGAGUGAUGAUGAAGAUGAUGACAUUUAAGAAAGUGAUGAUGAAGGUUCUGAGAGUAAUGAACAAGGAACAGAUCUGUUUUUUCAAAGUUGAUGUCUACAGAUAGUUCCGAAAAAUUAGGUGAUCAGACUUUUCUUCACCUGUAUUUACAAGACAUA